UGUCAUCCGCACGUGCAACCCACUUCCUUCCCAACCUCCAUCGCCGUCGAGAGGGACCAAAAGAUCCAGGAACUAACAAAGAACGGGCAGAAAAGUCUCGCCUUUGCGACGCCGGCGGCGAUGUCUCUCCCUCCGGCGGACGGCGGCGGCGGCGACGACUGGUUCCUCGACUGCGGCAUCCUCGACGACCUCCCCGCGGCAGCCUGCGGGGCCUUCCUGUGGGAACCUUCCCCGUCCUCAUCCAACCCCAGUGUGGAAGUGGGCAGCCAUGUAAACACCAAUUAUGUGUUCAAGGAGCCUGGCAGUAAUAAACGUUUAAGGUCAGUAUCCGGUGGUCGGCCAACAUCGAAAGCUUGCAGGGAAAAAAUGAGAAGGGACAAGCUGAACGACAGGUUUCUUGAAUUGGGGUCUACUUUGGAACCGGGAAAGCCUGUAAAAGCUGACAAAGCUGCUAUCCUAAGUGAUGCUACUCGCGUGGUUAUUCAGCUUCGUACGGAAGCACAGCAGCUGAAGGAUACUAAGGACAGUCUUGAAGAAAAGAUUAAAGAACUAAAGGCAGAGAAGGAUGAGCUUCGUGAAGAGAAGCAGAAGCUAAAAGUAGAGAAGGAGAGCUUAGAGCACCAGAUGAAGCUUAUGACUUCAACUCCAACCUACAUGCCUCAUCCCACUCUGAUGUCGGCACCCUUCCCGCAGGCGCCACUAGCACCCUUCCAUGCCCAGGGGCAAGCUGCGGGGCAGAAGCUGAUGAUGCCCAUUGUCGGUUACCCGGGAUAUCCAAUGUGGCAGUUCAUGCCACCUUCUGAAGUCGACACCUCAAAGGACAGCGAAGCAUGCCCGCCUGUUGCAUAAUCGCUUUGAUCUUUUGGUCGCACUCGCAUUGUUUGAAUUCAUCGCAACCGAAGUCCCUAGUUGUUCCAUCCAUUGAUGCGGCAUAACUAUUGUUCUUAUGUGGUAGUUCGUUGAUGACUGAGAAAGCUGACGCUUGUGGCGCCCUGUAGAGUCUAUGUACUACCCCUUCAAUGGCUGUACAAUAUUUUUUUUGUGGAGAAAAGAGGAAUGUUCGUUCUUGUUCUCCAUAGCAACAAUGUCAAAUUAUGUGACAUCUAUAUAUCGUCAACAGCCUCCAAAGUUAAGUCA